AGAAUUCUGUCGACUUUAACUGAAAUUGAAAAUAUAUUCCUAUGAAUUAAAAAAAAUAUUACCCACUUUGUGAGCCAUGAUUUCUUCAAAAACGAUGGUGGACACCUACAACCUCCUUAACCAUAGCAAUUACUUGGAAAAUGUGAGCUGUUUGGCCGUGAUGGAUUUCCACUUUAGCAAUCGCUGUGAAAUGGCCAGACGAAUCGACCACUGCAGAUUCAUCACAAAUUUCUUCAAUUAUUUUGUGAUGAUGUACUGCGCCUUCAAGAUAGAUAACAAAAUAACUGAAGUUGUGGUGAUGUUGCUGUUUGGAUUGAUCUACUGCGUUUUCCUCUGCGUCCUAUACUUGGGCAUCAACUACUACUUCUUACCAACCCUGAAGAUCGCUGCACUUAGGUUGCGGAUAAACGAGUACAUGGCGGGCGUGUUGCUGGUGGGCGUGGCCAAUUCAACUCCCGAUCUCCUGGUUAACUUAUCGCCAGUCAGGCAUGAGUCGUUGACCUUCAACAUAGCCAUGGCCAACGCCCUGACGAUCAUAUGUCUGAGUGGCGGCAUGGUGUGCUUCAUUCGGCCCUUCCGGAUGAAUGGUCACAGUGUUUUCCGAGACCUCCUGUUUCUACUGCUCACAGUGGAGCUGGUGCGGCUUUUUAUUAAAAUUAAAUCUAUAACGGCAUUGCUAAAGGGUAUUUUGGUACUGUCUAUUUAUCCAAUAUAUCUGUUAAUUAAUGUAGUCGAUCUCUUCCUUCACCGUUUCACAAUUAAACAGCUUCGAAUGGAAAUUGAAAUUCUGAGACACUCUCCGUCCUCCCUGAAACAUGAUAAUAGGUUAACUGAAAAAAUUAUUCUCCUAAAUAAUCUCGAGGAGGACGAUGACAUCCAAUUCCGGGAAUCGAAAAUAUUUCGCCAAGGAUCUUUCCAUGCCGGUUUCUUUGUGACACCCAAGCUUCUUAUACGACAUAGGGAAGUGGACGUGGAAGCAAACCGAACAAUGCUCCACAACAAGGCCAACCCGAAGAAUCUCUUCCUAAUUAGCGAGUUUAUCCAUUCAAUUAAUCCCAUUGACUCGGAAGCUUGGUACCUGAACGGAAAAUGGGGACGUUUUAUAUAUAUCGCCAAGGCCCCUGUUAGUUUUAUGCUCCAAUUGUUAAUCCCAUUCGUCGACUAUCAGAAGGUUAAGCAUGGGUGGAGCAAGUUGCUGAACUGCAUACAAAUAGUAAUAAAUCCUUUUGUGACCUUAACAUUGGUUGAGACUAUGCUUGAUGACAAAUACUACGAUUGGUACAACCUUCUUCAGUUUAAUUUGGCGAUGUGGUCUUUAAUGGCUUUUUGCAUGCUUACAAUAUUUACCGUGAUUAUAUUUUGUUGGAUUUGUGCCUGGGAAAUGGAUGCGCUCAUAUCGAUCAUCGGCAUUGUUUUCGAUUUGUCUCCAUCCUUUAUGAGCAUCACAUUCAACACGGUGUCGGCGGCAAUGGCAGACUUCAUUUCCUACGAGCAUCUCGCCCAGCAUGGUUACGGAAAGAUGGCUUUUGGCGCCGUUGUUGGCGGUUCAGUCUUCAACAUGGUUCUCAACGUAGGAAUCGAGUUUGUGAUGCAGAAAAAGGUCGACUCGCACGGACAAGUGAUAUUGUUUGGAAACGAGGGCGAGACCAUCUACAUAUUCCUCGUGCUGACCAUCACAACCACCAUGUGGUGGUGCCUGACCUUCAAUUUUCUUGCCCGCCGAUCCGCUGGUGUGUUUUUGUGGUGCAUAUUUAUACUGUUCUUCGUUUAUUCGACUGCAAUUGAAUUUGAAUGGGUCCAUGGUUUUGAGGACAACCCUCACAUCAACCCAGUUGGUGAAUAA